GGGACUGUUGUUUUCCCCGUAAUUGGAGACGGAUUAUGGAUGUGAGUUGCGGGCUGGAGCCUCUGCCGGUGUCCGUGUGGCCGCGGCUGGAGGAACUCCCGACUUUCCAGUAUAGUCCCGAUCAUGUGCCUGGACCUGGAGGCAAACCAGACCCAUCUGAGAUCUCCUUCCCUGGAUGCAGCUGUCAUUCUGCUUCCUGUCUCGCCCCAACAUGUACUUGUCUUCACUAUGGAGAAAACUAUAACAACUUAUCCAUUAAGACGGAAGGAAAUGAACUGGGAUUUUCAAAGCCUGUUUUUGAAUGCAACACUAUGUGCCACUGUGGAGAGAGGUGUCAAAAUAGAGUAGUUCAACUGGGCUUACAAUUCCAGCUUGAAGUAUUCAAGACCACUGAGAAAGGAUGGGGUCUUCGCACUAUGGUAUUCAUACCCAAAGGACGAUUUGUCUGUGAAUAUGCUGGGGAAAUUCUAGACAUUAAUGAAGCACGUAAAAGGAUUCAGUUGCAGACAUCAAGUGAUUCAAAUUACAUUAUAGCAAUUAGGGAACACUUGCAUGAUGGGACGACAAUAGAGACUUUUGCAGAUCCCACUUAUAUCGGCAAUGUUGGUAGAUUCCUGAACCACUCCUGUGAGCCCAACCUCUUUAUGGUCCCUGUCCGAAUAGAUUCAAUGGUGCCUAAGUUAGCACUUUUUGCUGACCGUGACAUCUGUGCAGGUGAAGAGCUUUCAUACGAUUAUUCUGGAAAGUAUCAUAAUUUUUUGCCCAUAGAAGCGCAAGGCAGCAAGCAAGAAGGGAAAGAAUCCAAGAAACCUUGCUUUUGUAGAACUAAAUCAUGUACAGGUUUCUUGCCUUUUGACAGUUCUUUAUUCCACAAAGAUGGUAAGAGGAAGUAAUGCUGAAGGAAAAGUCUGAAGCCAAAAAGAGCAGCUUUUAAAGCUUGCUGCAGGAAUGUCCGGAGAUGAUAAAAUCAGCCUCACAUAUACACAUCCCCACACACAAAAUGCAGAGAUGCUUGUUAAAAGUGGCUGAAUGCGUUUAAUUAUGCACCGAUGAUGCGGCCCAUGGGAUGCUUAGAUCUGAUCCGCGGGGGUGCCCUGAAAACAGUGAAGGACUGGCCCAUGGUGCCUCUGCCAGUGCAAACGGAGUGCCCCUCCUGAGCUAUUUUCACUAGCAGAGCGCUUGGGCCAUGACAGGCGCCCCCCAACAUGAGUGAUGUUGAACUGGCCAGGCCAGCCUGUCUCCCCACUGCCCUGAGGUCAAACGCAACCCUAAUACGGCCCUCAAUGAAAUUGAGUUUGACACUCCUAUACUAGGGGGAGAGGCUACAUUUGUGCUCUUUUCCCCACAAUAUAAUUCCAUGAUACAGAGAGGGAAGGAUUUUUAACGGGAGGGGGAGGCGAGCCAAUAUGCAUUUUCUGGUUGCCAUUUUUUGUUAAUACUUAUGGUUAUGCCCAAGCAUUGAUAAUAAACUAAAGGCUGCAUAUUAUUCCUCUUUAUAUAUUGGCAUUAAAAUUUAAAGGAGAAGCAGCAUUGGGUCAGAUUAGUACAGUAAUAAUUUGCUACAUUGUUUACUGGAAAAAAUACUAUAAGAACUAGUUGAUAUAUAUCAGUGACCACCUGGUAUGAGCUGGUCUUGUACUCUGUGUUUAAAAAUAUUUUCCCCCUAAUGUUUCUCUGGAUCAAAAUUCAUUUACCACCCUGUAAAUCUUUAAAGGGAAAAGGAGGUAGAAUUCUUCCAUGCUCUGUCUUUGUCAUUUUGUGCCUUCGUUAGUUGUGAUGUUUGACAGCUCUAUAUUGACCUACUCAUCUUCAAUGCCCUCUAAGCUAUGGAAGAAAAUAUUUCUAAGAGAAAGCACUGCUGCUAAGCAUAAACAUUUAAACACAUGGUAUUUAUUUUUCUGAGUUAAAUGUUCCUAAAUAUGUGCAAACAUUAUUUCUUGACCAUUCAGGCUUAUCUUCAAUAUUGAGAGAUUCUUUUCUUCUGAGUUUGUGUGUGUGUUUGUGUUUGUGUAUAUACUGUAUAUUUUGUAUCAGGAAUUAAAGGCAGCACAAAUUAAAAUUUGUUCCAU